CAAAGGGCAAUGUCUCCUCUUUGUGUUUAGCUGUUGAACAAUGGCUGGAAGUUGGUGUUUGGUUCAGAUUUCGUUGGUCUGUGCUUUCUGUCAUGCUGUUCCACAGUGGAGUAAGUCGCUUCAGGAUGCUCAAGCUCUGAUGAUGCAGCAGACUGACCAGCAGUUUCAGCUCCAGCAGACUGACCAGCAGUUUCAGCUCCAGAAGCCAGUUCAACAGCUAACUAACCAACAGUUUCAGCUCCAGAAGCCAGUUCAACAGCUAACUAACCAACAGUUUCCGCUUCAGAAGCCUGUUCAACAGCUAACUAACCAGCAGUUUCCACUUCAGAAACCAGUUCAACACCUACCUAACCCGCAAUUUCCACUUCAGAAGCCUGUUCAACAGUUAACUAAGCCGCAGUAUCCGCUUCAGAAGCCUGUUCAACCGCUAACUAACCAGCAGUUUCCGCUUCGGAAGCCAGUUCAACAGCUAACUAAGCCGCAGUUUCCGCUUCAGAAGCCUGUUCAACAGCUAACUAACCAGCAGUUUCCGAUUCAGAAACCAGUUCAACACCUACCUAACCCGCAAUUUCCACUUCAGAAGCCUGUUCAACAGUUAACUAAGCCGCAGUUUCCGAUUCAGAAGCCAGUUAAACAGCAGUUUCAGAAGCCAGUAGUGCAGGCAGAGCCCUUUGAUAAAUGUGUAGCUGUAGCUGAUUCUGAGCAGAUCCAAUGUGGUCUACCUGGGAUCAGUGGUGCUGAGUGUGAAGCUAUCAACUGCUGCUUUAACGGACAGCAGUGUUUCUAUGGAAGGGCGGUGACCGUCCAGUGUAUUAGAGAUGGUCAGUUUGUGGUAGUGGUGUCUAGAGAUGUUACUCUGCCUCGACUGAGUCUGGAUACGGUUCAUCUACUGGGUGGAAAUGACCCACCUUGUGCUCCUGUGGGGUCUACACCUUCCUUUGCUAUAUACCAGUUCCCUGUGACCGCAUGUGGCACGAGCGUGAUGGAGGACAGCGGAUAUGUGGUGUAUGAAAACCGAAUGACCUCCUCGUAUGAAGUGGGGAUUGGACCAUAUGGUUCUAUCACAAGGGACAGUCAUUUUGAGUUUCUCUUCCAGUGUAGAUAUUCAGGAACUUCAGUGGAAGCUCUGGUUGUGGAGGUCAACUCUGUUCCUCCACCUCCACCAGUAGCUGCUCCUGGACCUCUCAGGGUGGAGCUCAGACUGGCCAAUGGCCAAUGCGUCACCAAAGGCUGUGCUGAAGGGGAUGAGGCCUACACGUCCUAUUACAGUGACGCUGAUUAUCCCAUCACAAAAGUCCUGCGAGAGCCUGUGUAUGUUGAGGUGCACAUUAUGGAGAGGACCGACCCCAACAUUGUCCUGACGCUGGGACGUUGUUGGACGACUUCAACCCCCAGUCCACUCAGUCUCCCCCAGUGGGACCUUCUGAUCGACGGAUGCCCUUACCAGGACGACCGCUAUCUGACCACACUGGUUCCAGUGACUGGAUCGUCUGGUCUUCAGUUCCCAACCCACUACAAGCGCUUUGUUGUGAAGAUGUUCACAUUUGUAGAUCCAGCCUCACUGGCUGCUCUGCAGGAAACCAUCUUCAUCCACUGCACUACAGAGGUGUGCCAUCCAUCAUCUGGCUCUUGUGAGCAAAGCUGCACCAGGAAACGAAGAGACACUCGUAUCAAGGCUGUCUCUGGGGAGCAGACUGUGGUUUCUAGUGGAGAAGUUACUCUGGUCAUGUAAAUCUAGUGUUUUUAAUAAACUUUUCAGAACCCUUAGGUGUCUUUUUGUCUAUUGGUAUUGUUUUGGUUCGGCAGAAUGCGGGAUUACAUGCCUCUUCCCAGUGUUUUUAUUCUUUCCCCUCUCACUAUUAAACCAAGGUUCCACAA